UUAUAGCUCGAGUACGGAUUAUGAUCGAAUUGCAAACCCAUCCGAACCCUGCACAACAAUUUGGCGGGAAACUCCGAUCGGUGGCCACCUUCUGAGGGUCUCCCACUCUCUCCCUUUCGCUCGUUCUUCGUCUUCAGCCACGAGUAAUUAAUGUCGACUUCUGGAGGAUCAGAGGAAGCGUAUUCAAGAUGCUGAGUUCCUGUGAGUUUUCAUCCAUCGGCGGUGAUUGGCACGGCGAAUUAGCAGAAAUCGGUGUCUGCAAUGUCUUGCCGAAGGUUCUGGAAUCUUGAUGGAGUUUAGUGGUUCCGUAGCCGGAAGAUAUCAGACCAAUAGAAUAGAUGGCAACAAAUGGAAAAAAUGCAUGACUCAAUAUGUGAAGCGGAAGAUCAAGUAGUAUGCGAAUGUUUGAUUAUUAGAAUAGGCGAUGGAACUCGGAGAAGUGGAAAGCAAAUGCUAGAAAAGGGAAGGCAACUACAAACAGACUCACGGUGCAUAUCUGCAUGUGAACAUGCACACUAGCUGGACGAGGAAGCGAAUAUUUUCAUCAUUAGCAUAGCCGAUGUAAGUCGGAGAAGUGGCAAGCAAAUUUCAGACAAGGAGUGUCAACUACGUGCGGAAUCAUUAUGCAGUUGCGAGUCAUAUCCAUAGAUCAUAGAUGUCCGUCGAAUGAAUGUCGGGAUAGCCCUUAGGUUCAUGGAGAAACUCAGACGGUCGUCCGUGCAUAGCAACUCCCCAAGUGAAACACGGGAAGCAGGGUCAUUCGGUGACUGCAAGAGCCACAUUGUGGAUAACGUGGUCCUUUUACGUGAUUGGUACUUGAUAAAAUCACCAAAAGCACAUAUGGGGAAAAGAUUAGCUGUUGGAGGCAUAUUAUCAAAAGGGGAUCAGGGUGUAAAUAAUUUCGAAUCAGCUCCUAUCAUUCAAAGAGUUAAUGCCUCUAGGCUUAGGACAGCAGAUGGACUCACUAUUCUGCUCUUUGGGCUUAUUGAUGGACGAAGGACCUCUGAGAAUGGCUUUCCAAAUGAGGCACUAAGUUUUUUCCAGAUUGGAUUUCCAUUUACAUGGGAAUUUCUUGCCGACGGAUACAUCAGUAGUGAUGAUACUUCUUGCAGUUCUUUAGGACAUGCUAACGAUGUUAAUGAACUGAUGCAUUCAGCUGGUAGAGCAAAACAUGUGAGGAUAUUCUCAGAUGCUGAAAAAUGGAGCAAAAGUGAUUCUGCUAGUUGGCCAGAGAAUGACAGAUCAAUGCAGAGCUCUUUUGCCAGGAAAGUUGAAGAUAAGUGUGGUUCGUUCUUGAAAGAUCCUGCCUUACAAGUGGGCUCAAAUCCAAAGAAUCUUAGUCCAUCUGAUGCAUGGAAAAGCGAAGACAAGGGAAGUGUGCACAAGUAUAAUAUUUCUUUGGCUGGGAGUGCUUUAGGAAAUAUUCGAAAGCUUGAUGAUGAUGGAAAAAUACAUCCUGAUGAUGGCGAUAGAUGUGUAAAAAAUUAUUUGGAUGAAGCCACCCCGAAUCAAACAUUGUCGGACACAUUGAAGAGCAUCUCGAUGAGUAUCUCAUAUAAAAAUAGAGGCCCACAACCAGAACAUGAGUGUCAGCAUGUAAACAGUGGGAUGGAAGAAAAUUCGGCAGAUAAACCUUCUCAAAUGAAGGGCACAGGGACAAUCUCAAUGGGCAUCUCAUAUAAAAAUAGAGACAUGCAACCAGACCUUGAUUGUCAGCAUAUAAACAGUGAUUUGGAAGAAAAUGCAGCAGAUAAACCUUCUCAAAUGAAGCACACAGGGAAUUCCUAUUUUGUGUCUGUUUCGGUGGAUCAGCCUGUAGAAACGAUACCAAAUACUGUCAUUCACCCUCGCAGUCCUGAAGUUGGAUAUGCAGCUAAUACUGGUUGUAUUGGCUUGUCGCAACCUCCUGAAUGCAGCAAUAACAUGUUAAAUGCAAAUAUUCCUGUAGAGAACUUAGGGGGUAGGGAAAGUAAUGUUGGCAAGCAUCCUGAAAUACAAAAAGUUUCUUGCUCAGAGAUCAUGUACCUCACAGAAUCAGGAAUAGUAAUGCCAUUAGCUACUAAGUUUAAUCGCGUGCCUGCAAGGUUGUCAUGUAGUCCUGUUGUUUUAGCACAUAAAAAGUUUCCAUGUCAGCCAUGUAAAGGUAAUGCAGAAAAUGCAAAAGGUGGAGUCUUUGUAGGAAAUUCUGUUGGUGAAAGGAUUAGAGAUGCAGCAAAAUUAGUUAUUGAAGGAUGCACAACAAGAUCAAAUUCUAAAAUUGUCAAAGAUGAGCAUGUUGAAUCUGAAAAUGACAGUUUAUUGCGGAGCCCUGUAAAGAGAACUAAGACAUGCCAACUUGGUUUGUCUAAACAACUACCACAAAGAGGUGCACUGUUGAAGUCAGAGACAAUCAAGGUCACAAGCAAAGAUGCAUCACCUGUAACUCCGAGCACAAGGAGAGUGACAAGAGCUAGGGCUAAGUCAACUUCUUUUGAAGGCCUUGAGAAAGAAGAACAGAAUGGUGGUUCUGGUCUGAAGGAUGGUUACAACAAGGAUGCCACUAUCCCAAUGGAGUGUUCUAAGGAUGCCUUUCUUGACAUGGAUGGAAACACAUCAGGUGCAUCCGAGUUUGGAAUUGGGGGAAACAAAGAUAAAAUGAGGUUAGGUGCUGAAACUAAUGAUAGCAGACACCGAAGUACUACAUUGAGAGCUACGUCAAGUAGCUUGAGGAGCUCACAGAAGGAGGGAAAACGGGGCCGUUCUACCCAGCAGGCUGCUAAUGGAGAGGAUGUCUCUACCUCAAUAAGCUGCUCUCAGGAUACUGUUUUUAACAUGGACAGUAGAAGGUCAAACUCUUCUGAGUAUGAACCUGGAAAAAACAAAAAUAAAGUGGGGUUAGAUGCUAAAAAUUCUGAUAGUGGUCAAAGAAUUACUAGAUCAAGGGCUACGUCAAGGAGCAUGAGGUGCUCUCGGAAAGGGGGAGAGGGAGACUGUCAUAUUCAGAAGGAUACUAGUAACAUGGAUGUCACUGCUUCAAAAAGCUGUUUCAAGGGAGCUUUAUGUGAGAGGAAGUCUGGUGAAACCGAGAUGCAUGUCCAAUAUGCAUGUAGACCCUUUGUUCCUUCCGGUAGUGCAGAAAAAUCAUCAUCUGCACCUGGAAAAGCACUCAAUUUAAAGAUGUCCAGUUCAGGGCGACUUAUUGUUCCUCCUUUGGCUCAUUGGCGCAAUGAACAGAUUGUAUACGAUACGGAAGGGGGAAUCACUUGCAUUUUUGAUGGCUCACAAUUUAUAAGGCGACCAGCAGGCACCCAUUCAGGUCAACAUGCUAACAAGAAGCAGAAAGCCGCAUAGAUUGUAGAUCCUGCCGUCGGACAUCGUGCUUCUUGAAGUUGUCUUCUUGGCGGAUUGUAACUAUUGGUACAUAUGCAGUUUUUGGAUAUGUUGCAGUAAUUGUAAAAUAUCUUGGGGGUGUUUAUUCUGAUAAUUUUGUUCUCUUGGAUA